UAGGCCAGGAAAAGUCAUUGGAUAAUUUUAUGCUAAUUUAGGAUAUAUUUCAUUGCCGUCAACUAAAAUUUCUUUUAAAGUAAUGAAUGUGUUCUAGGUCAUCUCUAACACUACAUAAAUCCGAAAUUAAAUUUGGCAUGGGAGAACCAGAAACUGUAUAUAUAUAGUAUAAUACUGGAAUGAUUGAGCUAGUGGCACCUCUUCGAUAAUCAACAAAGCUCACUGACUGUUCGUUGUUCAUCAUUUCUGAACUUCCGAGAGGGAGUAUAAGAGGGUGUUACUUUGUAGGCAAUGUACAAACUCCGCGCUGUUUAUUGUGUGUUCCUGGUGACGCUGGUCGACUGUCUACAUCUCAGAGAUGAUCCAUUCUGUACACCCUUCACUUAUACCUGCGGUCCGAUCACACCGUCUCCUCCAGGCAGCUACGUGGCUCACGUAGAAGCAGUAGACGAACUCUGGAACCAAACACACUACAUGGAAGAGUUCUUCUUGUACGAAGAGCAAGUGUUGGCCUAUACUGACACCGCCUCAGACAGCUACACUCACGUCCUCUACUACUACUCCAUUAACACAGUCGUCAUCAUCAUGGCUUAUAAGGACAUUGUAGACGGGCAGUUGAGUGUGGAAUGUGUGACGACAGAGAUACUAGAAAAUACUCCGUGGAUGGCAAGCGUAACCUCACCUUCCUCGAAGACUGUCGUGGCUAUCUCCCCUACUAGGGCGCUCCUCUUUGGUGGAGAUUACAAGUACUCUUGGAUGGACAACGGGACGGAGAGAGAGAUCCCUUGCAACCGCUGGGACGCCUGCAUCGAUACCAGGGAUAAUGGUUCCUUAUAUGUGGAGUACCAUUGGUCAGACCCUAGCCUGGUCCUGGACCUCUACGGGUACACGAGUGAGCGCCCCAUCUCCAUGAAGCUUACUGGCCAAGUCUUCCUUAAUGACGGCGACCCGUACCCUAUUCCCCUGAGCACUACCUACAACUUCGCUCUCUUCGACGACUCCCCAAACUGGGAGAACCUCCGGUGGGCGUUUGAGAUCCCCAGUAAUGUAUACUGUCCAGGUCUCCCUGACCUGAAGGCGCCUCCCUCUCGUCUCGCUGAUGCUUACUCUAUGAGAGUGGAGGUUACUGCCCAGAUAUCUUUGGAGGAGAAACAAGAGUGGGUCUCCAUCGUUAAGAACUGGUACGACUAUGAUCGUCAGCUGACUCGAGCCGACUACAUCCCUAGUGUGGACUCACAAGAGUAUGCCGUGGCUGGACUCGUUGAGGUUGCUGUCAUCCAGGACUUCCACAGUGGGGUCGAGUACAUCGUUGACAAGUCUCUGGGUAACUGCACUACCAUUCCCAUCCCUAACAAUUACGACACCAUCACUGACCCCUCGGGUCACGUGACCAUCAAGGAUCCUCUCAAACUCUUCGGUCUGGGUCAUGUCACCAACCUGACCUACUAUGGCACGAAAUACGCGAGGCAGCUGCCUUGUGAUGUGUGGAUGGGUCGUCUAGACUUCAACAUUGAUAAUGGCACCUUGCAUAACUUCUUACUCUACGAAAUCUACUUCCUUCAGUCAGGGUGGCGUGAGGAUGGAGGUGAGGCAGACUCCAGCCAGUACCCACAGCCCAUUCUCAUCAAGAUUCAAGAAGACAUCACCAGCACACAUUAUUCCGAGGUUGUUGAUAUCAUUUACCUGGAGGAGAACGUCUUCAAGUUCGAGGCAAUGCGUCCCAGCUUGACGGUGUACGACAUCACCUCGUGCUUCAGCGGCCACGACCACAUCCGACGCUUUGAGGUGGCCUUCCCAGGGGACUUCCGUGAAGACUACGACAGUGACAGUGUCGGUUUCACUGACACUGUGCAAGAAAAUCUGGCACAAGACCUGGGCAUUUCUCCUAUACGCGUACAACAUGUGCUGAUGGAAUUUGAUGAGCAUAGCAGCUGGCUGUACUGUCAGUUCACUCUGGUGGAUCAGCCACAAGUGGAUGGCAUGACCUUCCCAAGUAGUGUGGGUCCACCACUCGACCAGGUGGUGACCACACUUCAAAAUUCUAUGGACCACCUCAUUAUUGUCCUCUACAACCCCAGCUAUACCACCCCUGGGCACAUUAAGAUUAUGGAAGCCUACAAUAACAGCCUACAUGAACUGUUUGACGACAACUGCACGCCCAUGUUGAGCCCUUCACCACACAGGUUGCAGUUACCAGAUGAUAACAAACCUCAGCUGAACAGUAUACCUUCAUUACAUACUGCACACAAGAACAGAACUGCAAUUAAUAAUGAAAAAACUAGCCAAACUCAUGCUGAAUCUAUGAUCCUCGUCACUGUCGAUAUUGAGUUUGUAAACCUUCCUGGUGCCAACCUUCAGCAAGCAGCUUAUCUCGAGGGCCACGUGAAAAAUAAGAGUCAAGCAGAGUACACGCCAGGAGAUAUGGCUGGAAUGGGAAUAGGAAUGUUCUUCCUUGGACUUGUGUUGGGAGUGGUGGUCAUGAUGGCUACCCUCAGUAAGUUUGGACUUACAGAUGGCUUGGAAUUUAUUGCUAUGAACUCUCGCAGAUCUUGAGAAAUGCUAAAUAAAAAUAUUAACAUUAUACUGUAUGUUAGCCAAAUUAUUAUUAUUAUUAUUAUUAUAAAAAAGAAGUGCUAAAUCACAAGGGCUAUACAGAGUUGCAAUGUUAGCCAAAAAAGUAUUAUUUAAUUAGGUUUUAAGUAUAUUCAUGGGGAGGGUUACUAGAAUUCCUUGAAUCAAGAGCUCCUCGCCUACAUCAAGUCACCUUGAAAGGUAAUGAAAAAUAAAAUAAAAGUUUAACAAACCAAAGAAAUUAUGUAGGAAUGUGUUGAACCCAAAAUUUCAAGAAAAUUUUGCUCUUGAAAAGCUGAUGGUACUGAAACCCACAAGUAAAUAUUUUUUUUUUAAUUAUUAAUAAACUAGUAUUUUUUUAUUUGUAAACAGAAGAACUAUAGGUUCAUAUUGAAACAAAAAUCCUUAUUGCUAUUGCUUAUCAUAAGAGAACAACACGUCAUUUUUUCUUCCAUUAGUCAUUAUUAAUCAAUACAGCAUAAGGCUGUAUAUUUAUAGGUAGUUCUAAUUUCUUGGAUCAAGAGCACUUCAGCAUAAAGGCAGCUCUUGAAGGAAAGGCUGAAGGAGUAGAUCACUCAGUUACAAGUGUGGUGAUCACAGUUGAGUUCUGAAUAACUUGGUUAUGUUACCUGAAAACAUGUUAAGUGAACCAAAGAACAUACCUUACAGUUGGAUGUAGUGAGGUGUGCAGAACAUAUAGCCAAAAAAAUAAUAUAUAUAAAUAAUUCUAACAAAUUCUGGUUAGUUGUUCUGAACUUGCUGACUGCCCUUAUAAAUUCUACCCUUUUCCUCCACCCUUGGGAGUUUCAGAUCAAGCAUAUUACACAGUUCACACACCAUACCCUGCAACACUGUAUGAUCCUGGUGAGUUUAGCGCUUUAGUUUUUUUCAUAAUAAGUCUGAAUUUGUUAACCUUGAAAUAUGUGGAGAGAAUUGGGCUUCAUAAAGCCCAUUGUGUAGGCAAAACUUUGUCAAUAAAGGAUUGCAUUAUACUGCACUUGUCCACCUCCAGCAUCACUAACAUGCAAUUCUACUACUGGGUGCCAUGGUUAAUAUCCAGAGAUGUGAUGGGGUGAUUUAAAGAUCCAAAAUCAAUUUAAUGACAACUUGAGUAAGAUAUUCGACAGGUACACAUUGUAACUGGUUGCAUGGGAGGUUUUUACAUCAAGGGUGAAACUAGCCCUACCACCCCUUACCCCUUCCCUACAAAUAAUGGCCUCAUCCACUGGUUAACCAUGGUGCAGAGGGGAAAUGCCACAUGACAUUCUAACAGGAUUUGGCAUGCAAAGCUGUUAACAAAU